AUGAGCUUCUCCAGACAAGUCCGAGAUAGCGAGUCGAACUACGUCCUAAUGAAGCUCAAGGCCUACAUCGGCGUCAUCUACUACCUGGACCGCCAGACAACUCUCGACGUCAACGGGCGACUGACGACCGUCAUCAACAAUGCCAACCCCGGAGACCGGAUCGCGAUCCUGGAGUUCUGGAGGGAGUGGUACCGCGACUUCUUCAACACGUUCCUGAUCAACCACACGACCUAA